GCUGGCUCCUGGAAAUAUGCUGAGAACACACAGAGCUUCCCCACGCCUCCAAAACUGUACCCUGCUGCCCAGGAGCUUGCUUCGGUAGCCCCUCCUUCCCAGCCCACUAUGGCCACCACCAGUAGCAGUGCUGGCAUCCGGUGGUCCAGCCAGGAGACACGAACUCUGCUCUCCAUCCUAGGCGAGGCAGAGUACAUCCGGCGCCUCCAGACUAUGCACCAUAAUGCAGAUGUCUAUCAGGCCGUGUCUGAGCGGAUGCAGCAGGAAGGCUUCCGCCGUACCGAACGCCAAUGCCGCUCCAAGUUUAAAGUCCUGAAGGCGUUAUAUUUAAAGGCCUAUGUCGCCCACACCACCAGUAUGGGAGAUCCACCUCACUGCCCAUUUUAUGAUAUGCUGGAUCAGCUUCUUCGAAGUCAGAUAGUGACUGACCCAGACAACUUAAUGGAGGCUGCUGCUUGGGCCAAGCACUGUGGUCAGGAUUUAGUGACCUCUGACACCCCAGGGCAAGAGGGGACCAGCACUCGGGAAGUGCAAAAGACUCAGGCAGCUGGCCGUGAGUGUAUUUUGCAAACAGUUAAUGAAUCAGAUGAGGAUUGUGAGCUGAGCAUCAGUGACCGGAUGCAAGACGCCAGCAACCUUGAGGACUCCUGGGAUGAUGGAUCCUCGGGUGCAGGGUGCUCUCAAGGGACCCCCAGCUACAGCAGCUCCCACCACCUUUUCAGAGGUGCAGUUGCUCCCUGUCAGAGGCUCCCCAUGACCAGCCUGAGUGUGUCGAGGGAGCCCAGUCCCGGCACCAGCACCAGCCGAAACCCUCUUGGGGCAGCCUCCACAGCACAGCAUCCAGGCUCCUCUUCCAGAGUUGCUUUUGUCUCUGGUAGGGACAGAGCCCUGACCAGUGAGCCCCCUCCACAGUGGGCAAGGCAAAAAAGGCGCUCGGUGGCCAGGACCAUUGCAGCUGAGCUGGCAGCGAACAGGAGGUUGGCACGAGAGCUCUCCAAGAGAGAGGAAGAGAAGCUGGACAGGCUGAUCGCUAUCAGUGAGGAGGCCAGUGCCCAGCAAGACACUGCUAACGAGCUGCGCAGGGAUGCUGUCAUCGCCAUCAGACGCCUGGCUACAGCAGUAGAAGAGGCAACCGCUGCUUUUCAGCUAGGGCUUGAGAAGGUGCUUCAGAGGUUGAUUUCAAAUACCAAAAGCUAGGAGCUGAUGGAAUGGAUAUGUGUCC